AUGCCCAUCGCUUCCGCCUCUGCGGGCACUUCGACGGUAGCAGACAAAGCAGCAUCUUCUUCUGCGGCCGCUGCGUUCGCUACGACGCAGUUGUCCAAGUCGGUGGCCAAAGUGUCCUCUAAGGAAACGGACGUCGCCGAAGCCGACGACGAGAAGGCCAAGCCGAAAGGCCCGCUGCUCAGGCGCGUUUGGAGCGUCAUCAAGCAUGAGGCACAGCACUACUGGCACGGCACCAAGCUGCUCGGCAAGGAGAUGUCAAUUUCCGCGCGACUCGUCCGGCGCGUCAUGCUCGGCUACAGCCUGACACGCCGCGAGCGUCGGCAGCUCAAGCGCACCACGGCGGAUAUCCUGCGCCUGAUCCCGUUCGUUCCGUUCGUCAUCAUCCCCUUUGCCGAACUACUACUCCCCGUCGCGAUCAAGGUGUUCCCCAACAUGCUUCCCAGCACGUUCGAGAGCAAGUUUGCUGAGGAGGAGAAGCGCCGCGGACUCAUCAAGGUGCGCCUCGAGAUGGCCAAGUUCCUCCAGGAGACCAUCAAGGACGGCGGCUUGCAGGCCAGCGAGCGUCUGCAGAGCAAGGAUGAGUUCAAGGAGUUCUUCAGAAAGGUCCGCUCGACGGGCGAAUCGCCUUCCAGCGAAGACGUGUUGAAAGUCGCGCGGCUCUUCGAUGACGACUUGACGCUCGAUAACCUCUCGCGUCCGCAGCUCGUCUCGAUCUGCCGCUACAUGCAGGUCAACGCGUUCGGGACGGACAACUAUCUGCGCUAUCAGAUCCGCAACCGCCUCUCGCGCCUGCGGCAGGACGACAUGGUCAUCGCGUCCGAGGGCUUGGACAACAUGUCGCAUCACGAGCUGCAGAAGGCGUGCCAAGAUCGCGGGAUCGUCACGGCGAACCUGACGGACGCGCGCCUGGGCUCGGAGCUGUCGCAGUGGAUCGAUCUGCACUUGCACCAGCGCAUCAGCGGCACGUUGCUCAUCCUUAGCAAGGCGUUCAACUUUGUCGCGCAGGGGAGCGCCGAUGCUGCGGGCGCGACGCCGCAACUGAGGGCGCUCGAGCUGACGCUGUCGAGCCUACCGGCGAACCUGCUCAACGAAGCCGAGCUCAACGUGCACAGUGAUAGUGCGACCAACAAGCAGCGCCUUGAGGUCCUCCAGGAGCAAGAGGAGCUCAUCGAGGAUGAGGCAGAGCAGGAGCAAGAAGAGAAGGAGGCACGCGAGAAGGACCGCGAGCGCAAGCGCGCCGCUGCCGCCGCCGAGAAGAAGGCACGUGCGCAGAGGGAGGAAGAAGAAGAGGAGGCCGCGCGCGCUCUGUUGCCGCCAGGAGAGCUGCACACGCGCUCCAUCGCUGCAGGCUCGGCUUCUGGCACGGGCACAGGCGAAGGCGCCGCUGCUGCAACCUCGCCCGCAUCUUCUGUCUCCACCGCCGGGUACACGGACAAACUGGCGAGCAGCAACGGUUCGUCGAUGAAGCCAGCAGCGGCCUCGGAAGAGGAGGAAGUGGACGCGCGUAUGACGCACGAGCAGCUUUCCGAGCUCGGUGAGGCGCUCGCGUUGUUGAGCGCCAAAAGCAGCGUCCUGCGCGAGCGCGAGGAGCUCAACGAGCUCAUGAAGGAAGUCAGCGAGGUCGAGCAGCUCGAGGCGGAUGCUAGCCUCGCCGACGCUGCUGCUCUUGCUUCUGACAGUGUCAACACCAAGCGCGGGGAUGCAAGUAAGGAGGCGGCAGCUUUUUUUCCAGCCUCGGGUGACGGACAAGGCGCAUCCGAGGCGGAGAAGGCCGUGGAAGCAGAGAGCGAGAAGGCCAAGCAAAGCGCUGCUCGUGCGCUCUCACAGCAGUCUUCCGCCACGCGCUCGCUCGUCAAGCGUGUGACGAAGAUGCUACAGAAGAUCGACGAGCAGCUCGAGGCGUACGACCGCGAUGUCGGCAGUAGGAUGCACAUCAUCAAAGCGAGCCCCACAGGCAAGAUCAGCGUCGACGACCUCGAAAGCGCUCUCCGCCUCAUCAAGCAUCGCCCCGAUGAGGAGGUGCUUGAGAAGAUCGUCGACAAGCUCGAUGUGGACAAUGACGGGCUCGUGCCGCUGGAGGACGUCCUUGAGCUUGCAAAGGAAGAGUCCGGACUUGGAAUCUUACGAGACGAGAGCAUCCAGGAUAUCCGCGAGCAGGGCCAGGCGCUCAAGAAUGAAGAGCCAGACAGAGCGAUCCGCAAGUCUGACAUUGUCGAUGGGUGA